UUCGUGACGUCAGCCCUGGAGGAGGUCCACCCUCCAGUCCGACUCCUCACUAACCUUAGUUUGGUCAUUCACUUCCAUGCAGUCGGAGGUUUGCGGUUGUUUCACAAUGUCCGGAGUUUACAGAGCCCCAGCCUUUGUUUUUGCAUUGCUUUUCUACGGUGUUUUUCUCACCACCAAGGCGCAGACACCGACUCCUUCUCCAGCUCCGACUCCUUGUGCCUUGAGAUCCAACACCAGUUGUGCUGAAUGUCUGGAGAAUGUGACAUGUUUGUGGUGCACACCAACCAAACAAUGCAUGGACUAUCCAGUGAGGAACAUCCUGCCCCCCAGCAGUGUGUGUCCACUGAAUGAUGCACGAUGGGGGUUGUGUUGGGUGAACUUCCAGAUUUUGAUCAUCACUAUGUCAGUGGUGGGUGGCGUCAUCAUUAUUGGCCUUUGUGUUUGCUGCUUCUGCUGCUGCAAGUGUGAAAGAAUUGGGAACAAGAGAGAAGAAGUGCAAGUGGAGCGACAAACCCGUGCGAGGAAUAGCCGUCAGAAAGCAAAGAGAACAGAAAUGCAGCUGAGACAUGAUGAAAUCAGGCAGAAAUAUGGUAUGGCAAAGGAUAAUCCCUACGCCCGGAUGAACGAUCAUUGAGAAGAAUGUCAGCGAUGAUUCCUUAAGAAAAAUCCCGUAUGAUGAUUUAAUGAUGCCAGUAACAUUGAUCCAGAUGUAGCAUAUAAAACUGUGAUUACCUGUUAUGUUUUCAGUGUCACCAAGAUGUUCUGAAAUUACUUUGUGUGCACUAUAUUUCAAACACCGUCUAUUCGCCUAAUAUUUCAUACAUGUUAUACACGUUGCUCUCUGUUGUUAUACCAAAUUCAUAUUUCUUAUGCCUUAAUUAGAUGUACAUUAUUAUAGGAGAAUAUGUUGAGUUAACUUGUUUUUCUGUCCACACAGGAAACUGAGAUGUCAGGGCAAAUCUUUCAAAACAUAUUGUCCAGCAUGAUAUACAAACAUUACUGUGUCAUUUUGCAUAAAAUUCACUAUUGUUGGAUUUCAAUAA